AUGGGCUAAGAAUGUUCAAAUUGCUCUCAGCUACUAAAUGAUAACAAUUAGUAUGAGUUAAAAAAUGGAGCUAAUUAUUAGCAAUAACAAUAAUAUAAUUAUUAAUAGCAAUAAUAAUAGUAUUAGUAAAAUAAAGAAAACUUUUACUCUGCAAGUCAUCAGAAUAACCCAUCAUCGCAUAAUUAUGGCAGUUAUAACUAAUCAGCUUAUACUGCAAUAGCAGGUAAUAACUAACCUGCUAUUGGUCCUCAAUCUACAUAUCCUGUAAACAAGGAUAGCUUAGGCAAAGAUGAUAUGAUGCCUUUAGCGAGACAUUACUUUUCUUAAGAUGAGAACAGAGAAAUAAUGGUUAAUUAGCACAAUUUCAUCAACUCUAACAAAAGAGAAAAAGGUCCAUCUUACAAAUUUUAGUCAGGAGCAGUUUAUGAAGGAGAAUGGCUAGGGGCUAUGAGAGAUGGUUAUGGAAUACAAACAUGGCCAGAUGGGGCAAGAUAUGAAGGUGAUUGGGUUUAAAAUAAAGCAAAUGGUAAAGGUAAAUUUUAGCACGUUGAUGGUGAUAUCUAUGAAGGAGAAUGGAAAGAUGACAAAGCAAACGGUUAUGGAACAUACAUUCAUGUUAAUGGUGCUAAAUAUGAUGGGUAAUGGAAGGAUGAUUUACAGCAUGGGUAUGGUGUAGAAACUUGGGCUGAUGGAUCUAAAUAUGAAGGAUAUUACAAAGAAGGAAAGAAACAUGGUAAUGGAAUUUAUACUUGGCCUGAUGGAUCUAAAUACUAAGGAAAUUGGGAAGAUAACAAAAUUAGUGGAUUCGGUGUUUAUACAUGGCUUGAUGGCAGAAAAUAUGAGGGUAUGUGGCUGAAUAACAAUAUGCAUGGGAGAGGCACAUAUACUUGGAAAGAUGGUAGAAAGUAUGAAGGAGAAUACUAAUUUGAUAAAAAACAUGGAUUUGGCAUAUAUCUCUGGGCAGAUGGUAGACAAUAUGAAGGUUUUUGGAAGUAUGGAAAGUAGCAUGGGCGUGGUAAGUAUAUUUAAUAAGACGGAAUCAUAAAAGUUGGUAUUUGGGAAGAUGGUAAAAGAAUUUCAUGGAUUGAUCCUUCAGAUAUAGAAUAUGAUAACUUUUUGCAACAAUGCUAAAACUAUUAACUAUAAAAUUAAUAUGCUUCUAAAAAUCCUAGCUACUCACCUACUAAAGAGUAAAUAUAUUAAAAUGGAGGUAACGAUCUGAAUGGUUCUUACACUGCCAAUAAUGCUUAUAAUUAAAACAACAGACUUUAAUAAUCAGGUAAUUACGUCAACAAUAACAAUAAUAAUAAUAAUAAUAACUAUGAAUAUUAUGAUCCUAAUAACUCCUCUUUACCAGCUAACUCAUAUUAAGACAAAAAUUACGGAGGAUAUAAUAAUAAUAAUGGAAUUUCAAAUAGCAUAAAUAAUUAACCAUAAAACGAGUAUGCAGGAUCUUACAAUAAUUAAUACUAAUAAUAACAAUUAGGUAAUGGUAUUCAACAGUUCUAUAAUUGA